AUAUUAUUUAUUAGUUUUUACUCUUGUACACGAUGUAUUUCGGCAAGAAUUUUUAUAUUCAUCAUUAUGAAAUUUCAUAAUUCCUUCACAAUAAAUCAAAAAUCUUUAUAAUGAAUAAAGUUUUAAAAAUGUGUUUGAUUUGAAACAGGAAUUGUUUAUAAUUAUUGACAAUGAUUUUGUCCAAAAUUAGUUAUUUUAUAGGAUUUCGAGCAUUCGUGCCUGCCUUUAGGAUAUCAAGAUUCCAGGGUCAUUACGUAAAUAAUGUUCAUUGCCAAUGUCACAUUGUGCAUCAGCAAAGGCGCAGUUUCUUCAGCUUCCCUAAAUCUAGUCGAAAAAGAGAAUAUUGUGGACGACAAUUAGUUGGUUAUACAAUUGAGCAAAUGUAUGAUGUAGUCUCUGAUGUGGAGAACUAUCACAAGUUUGUUCCUUGGUGCAAGCAAUCUAUUGUUCUGACAAAAACACCUAAUAACCUUAAAGCAGAUCUGAUUGUCGGUUUUCCGCCAAUCAAUGAAAGCUAUACGUCGCAUGUAACUUUAGUGAAACCAUAUUUAGUAAAAGCAGAAUGUACAGAUGGCAAACUCUUUCAUCAUCUACUUACUUUAUGGAGAUUCAGUUCUGGACUGAAAAGAGAACAUCAGUCCUGUGUUGUUGAUUUCCAAAUAGCUUUUGAAUUUCGUUCUGCAUUUCAUUCCCAUUUAUCGAAUUUAUUCUUUGACCAAGUAGCUAGACAAAUGGAAGAAGCUUUUGUACAAGAAGCAGGCAAAAGGUAUGGACCUGCUUCAGUGCCGCCAAGAAAUCUCCUUCAAAAUGGACAUGCGAUAAAAAGUUGACAAAUAAUAACAUUUAGUUUAAUAGCAAAUAUGUAAAAAAAAUAAGUUUUAAUAUUUAUGAAAAUUUAUGUUAAGCAUACAAAAUGAGAUAAUGUUAUGGUCAGUUAGUAAAUAGUCAUGGAUGUAACAUGAAUUUUAACAAAAAUAAGUAAAAAUGUACUGAAAAACGAAUAAAAAUAUAUAUGGGAAAUUAUAAAUGUCAGCCAAAAAUGUACCGUUAUUGAACAAUCCAAAGAUGGUAUCAAUGUCUGGACAAUGAGAAAUUGAUAGUUUAUAGACACAAAAUUAUAUGGCUGUAGAUGCAAUUACAGAUGGAAAACAAUUUAUUUUUUAUUAAUUUUAGCCAUUUGUUUGAUGUGGUUUUCCAUAAUGUGGAAGAGGCUUAUGUAUAAUGAAAUAAUUUUAAAAAGGCAAAUUAUUCAUCCAUUUCUAAAUUACUAACACUGACAACAUUAGUGGACUGUGACAGUAAAUGCUUUAAUCCAAAAAAUUGUAAAUAUCUAUCUAUCAUAGAUCUCUAUGAUUAUUGCAAAUAAUUGAAUGCAAAGUACUUAGUACAAUCUGAAAGAUAUGGCAAAAGAUGAGCAUCCCAGGUUAAAAAAUGCUAUAGCAGUUGAGAAAUUAAAUAGUGAAAGCCAAAAGAAUGAAUGUUAUGUAAAAAAUAAAUUAAAAAUAUAUUUAUAUACAUAUAUAUUCAUUUUCUUCAGUAAUAAAGUUUAUUUUACUUUGUUGAAGCAGAGCUAUUAGUGUAAAUUAAUAAAUAUUGCAAUUCUGUGUCAUUCUUUAUUACUUAUAUACCUACCAUUUACACUAUUAGUAAAAUGUUUACUAGGAUUUUAGUAGGUAUUUUAGAUUUUAGUAACCACCGAAUUCGUCAAUUUAUGUAAUACAUUUAAUUAUUACUAUGAAAUUUUUAAAAUUUCGUUGUGAGACCCGCUGAAAAACUAACAAGAAACAUUAGUUGUACCUACCUAUGGUUGUAGUGUUUAUUGAUAUUAAGUAUGGAAAAAAACUUCAGAUACAACCUUAUAUUUAACGCAUAUAAAGCGACUAAAAAUCUAUAACAACAGAAUAACUUUUUGUGAAAUAUUUGCUUAUAUGCCAUAAUAAUAUGCCAUAAUAAUAUUCCGAUAAACUUUACUACGUUGUAGUAACGCCAUCUAUUGACCUCUAUCAAUAAGUCUUAAACGCCUUCUUGGUGCGAACCAGACGCAAAAAUAGGGUGGAUAGCCAGUCCCAAACAAAAUAUGGAUUGUUUUUCACUUCAAAAUGUUAUUAGAUAUAUUAAAUAGUUCCGAUGUUUA